AUGACCCGGAUAUUAUUGUUACUCUUCGUGGUGAGCACGUUAUUGCCUGCCGUACGUUCAGCCUGUGACGUAGAGACUCAAUUCACAUGCAACGAUGGUCGGUGUAUUCCUGUGUAUUGGCGUUGUGAUACAAAGCCACAGUGUGAUAAUGGCGAAGAUGAGAUAUCAUGUGACACUGCUGUGUGUCCGGAUACUUAUUCGUUCCAAUGUCGAAGCGGUAAAUGUUUAAAAACUAGUUGGAAGUGUGAUUAUCGCAUCAAUUGUCCCGAUGGUGACGACGAAAUGGGAUGUGCCUGUCAUCCAGAUUACCACUGGCAAUGUAAUGAUACUAUCUGUAUCGCUGAAUACAAGAGAUGUGACGGGAAUACUGAUUGUCUCGACGGAAGUGACGAAAUUGAUUGUGGCGGCAGUUGCCCGGAAAACCAGUUUAAGUGCAAAAGCGGUAAAUGCAUAGACAAUGCUAAAGUUUGCAACCAUAUUGUGGACUGUAAUCCGGAUGAAGAAGAUGAAGACGAUUGCCCUCCAAGUAGCUGUUCGCCGUAUCAAUUCCAGUGCGAUAAUGGUGUCUGUAUUACUGGUUAUCUGGAAUGUGACGGUGCAUCCAACUGCAAAAAUGGCGAAGACGAGGCUUUGUGUGGUCCCAAAUGCUGGAAAUGCGAAGGAUGGUAUAAAAUGGGUGUGAUAUGUGACGAUAUGAACGACAAAUAUUCAAGACCUGACUGCGAAAUAAAUGCAUUGUGCAUGACUCGCUAUACAAAUGAUGUCAAUGGUGAACUACUUCAUACAGCGGGUUAUAUGUCAAGUUCGGAUUGUGUUGUCGGCCAGAAUAGUAACCCUGUGGGAUGUUUUGAAGAGCCAAUUACACUGGCAGAAGGCGAGGAGUGUGUAUUCUGUUGUAAUGCGGAUUGGUGUAACUUGGUGUAA